CCUGGCUCUAGCUAAGAGCUGCACAGUGCGGCGGCGCAAACCAAGUAGAGCAGCAGAUCAUGGUGGUUGCAUUUCGUGCUGUUUAAUUAGGCGCAUUUCGUAUAGCCCUAGGGGUCCACAAGCUUCCUUUUUUGAACAUCUGAACGUGUUCAGGCCCAAUGGUGCCAUUUGACCUUCACAUUGGGGGCCACUCUAUCCCGGGGCAGCAGCUUCUGCCUGGUGUGGACCCAAGCACCCUCACAACUGGCAGCUUGAAGGCAUUGCUGGGGCUGAAGCUUCACGUCCCUCCCAGGAAUAUUGUGCUCAAGCUGGGGGGGUGGCGGCCCCUUUCCGCAGACGAGUCUGUCCAGGGACUUUAUCACCUAGCAGCGGAGACAAUUGAUCCCGAAACUCGCCUCUUUGACCCACCUAAGGUCGUCUUCAAUGUGGACACAGGACGCCUCUACUAUCGUCAGGGCGAGGGAGCUGCGAAAGUGGAGCUGAACGAUGAAGAGGGUCUGGGGGCCAACUUUGUGCUGGACAAGCUGGUGUUUCACCUGAAUGUCAAAGUGCGACCUCUUCCAGAGGAGAUUCUACCAGGUGGAGGAACCAUCAUCGCACUUCUCCUGGGCCUCAACAACGCCGUUGCGCGCCAGUUCACCUUGAUCACGAUCACCAAAAGCACCACGAUUGGGGACCUGACGUCAUACAUCUCUCAAGAAGUGGGGGUCUCCCCGAGCGACCUGCUCCUGCAAACUGGCAACGUCCUCCUCGACAAGCAGAACGCAAGCGACACCUGCUCGCAGGCGGGAGUUCAGGCGGGGUCUGUGAUCAUUGUCCGAUGCCGCGAGUGGGGGCACAUAGUGCUGUACUGCAAGACACUCACCGGCAAAACGCUGAUUCUGAGAUGCUCCGGUGAAGACACGGUCAGCGAGGUGAAGAAGAAGAUCUACGAUCUGGAUGGUUAUCUCCCAGACCAGCAGCGGCUGAUCUUUGGCGGGAAGCAGUUGGAGGAUGAGCGGACCCUUCAGGAGUACGGCAUCCAGGACGAGGACACGAUCCAUGUGGUGCUGCGGCUGCGGGGGGGCAUGCUGCACUGCUCGAGUGGCCGGAUCGAUCUUCAAUCUCUGUGUAACAUGACAACGGAACUGGAGGUUGGGAUGGUAUCCGGCGGAAUCUGCAUCGGUCAUCGGAAUGUCCGAGUGGACAGAGCAACGGAAGCUGGUCAAGUGAGCGCGGCACUGGCGGAGCUUCACAACGAGACACAGAGAAAGGUGCGUGACCUGGAGGCGAUGAAACGGGAGAUCGAGCAAGCGAUCGCAACUCUGAAGCAGAAUGUUUACCGUGAAGGAUCUGCUUGAGAUUUGUACAUAGUAUCCGUCGUCAGGCGAGCCUUCCGUCAUCCAGCCAUGCGCUCUUGUACAGCUAAGCGGGGUCCUGACGUGGUGCACAGUUUGAGACAGUUGUAAUAAUGUCUUCGACUUUUGGUUAGUGGUAGGUGGUUGUCGAGAGUUCAUAAUGUCCUCUACAUGCGCUCUCCAUUAUAUGAUCUAACCAUUGAGGCUGAAGACGUCUAGCCAAAUGUACAACUUUUUUCUGAUGUGUAUAUAGGGCGACAUUAACCAUCCAUACGAGUAGACGUGGGUGAACCUCAAGGCAAAUUCUUCUUGUCACAUACCCUUACUCUUGCUUCAGUCAUUGCAGAAAGUAAUGCCGAAGUUAUACAUCCA